UAUCCCCUUUUGAACAAAGUUGAAACCUCUUCUCUUAAACCUGAGAGAAUAAAUCAACUCUGCUUUGGUUCUUCUUCAUCAUAACACUUGCUUUUUUUUUAUUGCUUGAGUUUCAGUUUGUGAUGAUGGCUCAGAAACACUUGCACGAGCUACUGAAGGAGGAUCAAGAGCCAUUCCUUCUAAAGAACUACAUUUCCGACAGGCGCAGCCAGUUGCUGAAAGUGCAUUCCCCGAAGACCAUUUUGCAAGUGAAGAAACAAAAACCAAUCCAUCAAAAGAUUCAAAACUCAAGCUUCCCCGUUAACCUCUGCAAAAAUGCUUGCUUUCUUUCCUUACAGAACACCCCAGAUAUCAGAAAAUCACCACUCUUCGAAUUCAAAUCCCCAGAAAAGAGCCCCUGCAGGUCCUCCAACAACAACACCAUCUUCAUCCACAUCCCUGCAAGAACAGCAUCGCUUCUCCUCGAAGCCUCUCUCAGGAUUCAGAAAAAGUCAAAGACGAAAACCCACAACAAAAACAACGGCUUUGGCCUAUUGGGUUCGUUCUUCAAGAGACUAACUUCACGAAGCAGGAGCAGAAACAGGGAAAUAGAAGGUAACAACAACGUUAAGGUGUCGGUUAAGGAUAUCUUGAGGUGGGAUUCCUCUGUUGGAAGAAGAAAACCUUCCAAUGGAAGAGGGAAGGAGCAAGAAAACAAGGAUGUUAUUGUUGCUGCUGCUUCUGAGGUGUGUUCCUGUGAGGUGGGUUUCACCUGUUCUUGCAAUGGCAGUGUUGUGUGGUCAGAGACCAACGAGGACAAAUCGAUGGACAUGGAAACUUCGAGUAGUGGCCACUCUUAUGACUCUGCUGACGAAGAAGCUCAAUUUCCGAACAAACAGAAAGAAAAGGAUGAAUGUGCUUGCUUUGAUGAUCAUGGCUUCUUCUGUGAAAGCCCUUUUCGUUUUGUCCUCCAAAAAAGCCCCUCCUCCUCCUCCGGCCGCCGUACGCCGGAAUUUUCCUCGCCGGCGCUGUCGCCGAGUCGCAACAGAACAGAGGACAAUGAAAGUAAAGGAGAUGAUAGCCACAACAAAUUCCAAUCAGGGGAAGAAGAGGAAGAAGAGAAGGAACAAUGCAGUCCAGUUUCUGUUUUAGACCCACCCUUUGGGAAUGAUGAUGAUGAUGAUGUGCAUGAAAACGACGAAGAUGAUGAAGAGGGUGGUUUUGAUUUGGAGUGUAGCUAUGCCAAUGUACAAAGAACUAAGCAGCAGCUAUUAGACAGGCUUAGUAGAUUUGAGAAACUUGCGGAGUUAGAUCCAAUAGAACUUGAGAAAAGAAUGCUAGAUCAAGAAGACAACGAGUAUGAGACAUUUAUUGAAGAGGAUGAUAGUGAAACAUCAUGUGAAGAAGAAAAGGGCAUGAGAGAAAUAGUCUUUGAAAUCCUAUGCCAAUCAAGCGUUCAUGACAGAAAGCAAGCCCCAGAAGAACUUAAGAGACUAGUGUAUGAUCUCAUAAUGGAGGAAGAGAGAGAGGCUAAUUAUUCAGAAAAUAGGGACAUGGUGAUAAGAAGGGUUUGUGGGAGGUUGGAACUAUGGAAAGAAGUGGAGUCCAACACCAUUGAUAUGAUGAUAGAAGAGGACUUGUCUAGAGAGGAAGGUGGGUGGAAGAAAAAUGAUGUGCAAACAAGAGACUUGGUUGGGGAACUUGAGCUUGCUCUCUUUGGCUUUCUAGUGGAGGAACUAGUGUGUUAAUAUGGCAAAAUUUUGAACCAGCUGAAGAUGAGCACUUAGAAGAGUAGAGUCUGACUUGCACCUUAUUUGAAUGGGCUAGUUAGAAAAAAUACCCAAAAAGAUAAUUUGGGUUUGAGGGAAAACAUGGGGGAUAUGUACAUGAUUCGUGUAUGUUGCUGGCUACAAUGCUGUAAAUCACCUUCCUUGAUUAAAUACUAUAU